CCAUCUGGUGGUUGCAUAAGCCAUUUUCCAGCUGUAGUAUUUCAGCAGCAAGUCCAGAGUUUCUCCUUCUCCAGUCCUGCAGCUCGUGUCCUUCUCAACAUCUCUCUCACUUUGUGACUCAGUCUUUGCUGCAGAUAUGUCCACCGCUGGUAAGGUCAUCAAGUGUAAGGCAGCGGUGGCCUGGGAGCCCAACAAGCCUAUGGUGAUCGAGGAGAUUGAGGUAGCCCCACCCCAGGUCAAUGAGGUCCGGAUCAAGAUUGUUGCGACUGGAGUGUGCCACACCGACCUGUACCACCUGUUUGAGGGUAUGCACAAAGAUGGAUUCCCAGCAGUGCUUGGACACGAGGGAGCCGGCAUAGUAGAGAGUGUUGGUGCGGGCGUCACAGAAUUUCAGCCAGGAGACAAGGUCAUCCCUCUCUUCAUCUCCCAGUGUCGGGAAUGUCGCUUCUGUAAGAGUCCUAAGACCAACCAGUGUGAAAAAGGCUGGGCUGCUGAUAGUUAUGAUGUGAUGGCGUUAGCAGAAUCCAGGUUUACCUGUAAGGGGAAGAAGGUGCUGCAGUUUAUGGGAACCAGCACCUUCUCUGAGUACACUGUGAUGAACCAGAUGGCUGUGGCUAAGAUCGACCCUGCUGCUCCUCUGGAUAAAGUCUGUCUUCUUGGCUGUGGGGUCUGCACCGGGUAUGGAGCAGCUGUUAAUACUGCCAAGGUUGAGCCGGGCUCCACCUGUGCCGUGUUUGGUCUGGGAGCUGUGGGAUUGGCUGCAGUCAUGGGCUGCAAGGCUGCAGGAGCCAAAAGGAUUAUCGCAGUUGACAUCAACCCAGACAAGUUUGAGAAGGCCAAGGUGUUUGGAGCCACUGAGUUUGUGAACCCCAAGGAUCACAAUAAGCCCAUCAGUGAGGUAUUGGCUGAGAUGACAAAUGGAGGAGUGGACUUCGCCCUGGAAUGUGUCGGGAACGUGACGGUCAUGCGCAGUGCCUUGGAGUCUUGCAUCAAAGGCUGGGGUGUCAGCGUGCUCGUUGGCUGGACAGACUUGCAUGACUUUGCUGCCCGACCCAUUCAGCUCAUAGCUGGACGUACAUGGAAGGGCUCUUUGUUUGGAGGAUUUAAAAGUAAGGAUGGCGUCCCUGAGAUGGUGAAAGCCUACCUGAACAAGAAGGUGAAGCUGGAUGAGUUCAUCACUCAUAACAUGACUUUGGACCAGGUCAAUGACGCCAUUGAGCUGAUGAAGCGCGGCAAAUGCAUCCGGACAGUUCUGAGUGUUUCUCCACAAUAAGACCUCUGCGUUCCUCAGCGACCUGCAGCCAUGCUCGAAAAAGACCUUUCAAAUUAUGCACAACGCUUUGUGGCGCACAGAAAACACCAUUCAGAAGAUUAUGUGCACAUUGUGGUUAUAAGAAUUAUCAUCAGUGUUCAUGUGAGCAAAAGCCAAGGAGUGUUUGUGCAGCAAAAUAAAUGAUCUUAACAGAU